AUGGACAACCAAUUAUCGUCGCCGCCCGCGCUCUCGUCCUCCUCUGAUCCUCUACCUUCUCUCGUACCCGCAUUCCCUUAUACUCCUAACAUCCGAGUCCCCCCUCCUCUCAUCUUACCCGAACUACCCCUCCGAGAGCGCCGUGGCUUUAUUGAGUUCAUCCAAAUUACUCCUCGGACUGCAUUCGCCGUUUCGAUGCCUGCCAAGGGACAGCUUGAACCAAAGGCUGGUGGUUUGCCGCGCAGAAGACGCGCUUCCACAAAGUCGGUAAUAACCACCCAUAACAUCAGCAAGUCAAGAAAACUUGCGUCUUCAGAGUCCAGCGACGAAGAAGAUUAG